AAGCUGCGCGAAGGCAGACAGCGCAGACAUACUACCAAUACAAGCGUCCUGGCACGUUGGCUUUUCUAGAGUCAGUUUCUGCGGAAAAAUACGUUGGAUUGCGGCAAACUUGGCACGGGUUCCACGGAUUAUGGUCUCCGGAGCAUGUGGGUGCGUCGAGUCUCCUCGACCCUCAACUAGAAAAACAGGCAAUGUGUAAGUACGGACGGCCAAGAAAUGCAGCUCCUGGUGUCGCGUCAAAACAUCUUUCAGGAGAAAGAAGAAAAAGAAAAACCGGAGUGAAAUCUAAUGACGGUCGUG